CAAACUCUGAUUUCCUCUUUGAUCUUGCAAGAAGAGGUCAUACUGUGAUCGACAAAGACCUAUUUUUUUGACUAUAUAAGGCUAACAAACGCUUUUAAAUUUCAGGAAUCACAUAAAGAUAUUCUUGUGAAGGCCCAUGUAAAAGAAAGGCCUUGGAUCUUAAACACAAUAUAUGGGUUGAGGACAGCGACAUCAUCCCUCUCAACAGUGAUUCGUUUCUUGGUUACUCUAAUGGAGCAAAUGAGUUUUUCUUGGGGAAGAACUUAAAACUUUUCUUCGUCAGAAAUUCAUCUUCGGUUUUGAAAAUUUGGGCUGAUGAUAUUAGAAAGAUAGGUCCAAGCGCCAAGGAAGGAAAUUUUGUAAAUCUAGAAGUUAUUGGAACAGGAGAAUAAUACAUCUACCAAGGUUGAUGAAGCAGAUUUUAGUCUGGACAUCAGUUUUAUGGAUGCUAACCAAACCUCUGCAAGGAACGGGAAAAAGUUCGCCUUUUGGUCAACUGAGACGAGUCCAGAGACGAUACAAAAAUAACUUGAACAGUUUGAUAUGUGGUAGUGGGUGAUGAUUUAUCUUGUAACGUAGUUGUUUGUCAUCGUUCAUAGCAUUUGGUGGCCUUCUUCGGAGUAUCCACUGUUAUGUCUCUGAGUUGUGCCUAUAUUUCAUGGACCUAUAACGUCAUUAUUGAAGUUUCAUUAGACCAGAAGUUUGGAGAGAAAACCGAGACUAUAAACCGGAAUUUCCAUCACAUAUGCAUGACAUUCUUCAGGAGUUUGGUCAACCUAUGGCGGUCCUUCUAAGGAAUAGUGUUAUUAAAAGUCAUCGCUUCAUCGUUUAAGGAGAUGAAUUGAUACGUAGCGAGGGGUUAUCGCUUCAUGGAUGACCCCAGUGAAGUAUGUUUUUCAAACACUGAAGCACAAAGUAAGCCCGUUGCAGUUUGAUUGUUAUAGUACCAUAUUCAUAAACAUCGAUAAUAUGUGUACUUUACUUGAAAGGACCGUAUGCUUCACCUCACGCUCUUCGCUUCAAGUCACAGAGGACAAAGAUAACAAGGAUGGUUAUUAAUGAAACCAUCAACUUAUUGAAGGAAAGACAAGUGAAAGGAAAGUCAUUUUCAACAUAUGUUUCUAAGUCUGCAAGUGUUGACAUCAAUGUGAGACCAGUCAUGGCCUCCAAAAAGCCCUCAAAAAAUGAUGCAACAGGAAAAUCAACCAAUCAAGUCGGAGAAAGUUCCAUUGUCCUGGCGCUUCCUGCACGAACUCACAUGCCAAACUGCGGUGUCGCAAGCUCGUCUAAUGUUGAGGGGGAGAAAGCUAAAGGAAAGAAGACAAAGCUACAUGAAAAGGCGCGUGAAAAGGAAAUCAUCGCUGAGAAUGAAAAGACCGAGGCAAUCUCGAUGAAAAAGUCCAAAGAGAAGAAAGAGAAUAAGCUGCCGGAAGGAGAUGUGAAGUACAUAGGGGUCAGACAACGAAAAUGGGGCAAGUGGGUGGCAGAGAUUCGGGAGACAAGAAAGAAAGUCCGAUGGUUGGGAACAUUCGAUACUGCUAAAGAAGCUGCUUUAGCUUUCGAUGAGGCGGCCAUUGAAUUAAGAGGUGCUGAUACUGUGACAAGCAUCCUCAAACCACCAUCAAGGGACCCACCACCAACGGAAAUCAACUUCAUCAAUCCACCAUCUCCACCCUCAGAUGAUAUUAGGGUUGAGAAAUGAUUUAAAAAAAAAAAUGACGGGCAAAAGCGCUAAAGAAGCAUCCAAAUGGUCCACCAUACUGUAAUAUUACUGACUUGAUGUAUGUCGUAUGUGUUUCUCUCUCUCUCUCUGUUAACAAGAUAUUGUAUUGGUGUGUAACAAGAAAAUAGGUUACUGUUUCUUCAUGUUUAGUUGGGAAUUGGAUAUAGUUUUGAA